AUGGCCCUUCUUCGUUCCUUGUUGGCAGCAACUGCCUUGCUGGGUGUUUCUGCCCAGGCCAAGGGAGUUGUCGGAACCCCCUUCGGUUUUGCCAGUGGUACCACCGGUGGUGGUAACGCUGCCGCCGCCGCCCCCAGCGAUUUGGCUGAACUGAAGUCCUGGCUCUCCGAUGACACCCCUCGGGUGAUUCUGAUCGACAAAGAAUUCAACUUCAUUGGCAGCGAAGAUACCUGCACCGACUGCCAGUGCUGCAUCCCCGACUCCAACAGCUGCGGCAGCUCCGGCCAGAACGCCAUCAAGACUGACGGGUCCGACUGGUGUGGUGACUACCCUACCACCAAGUGCACCUACGACAACGCCGGCCUGGAGGGUCUGGAGGUCGCCUCCCACAAGUCCAUCGUCGGUGUCGGUAGCGCGGGUGUGCUCCGUGGCAAGGGAUUGCGUCUCACUAGCGGCGUAAACAACGUCAUCAUCCAAAACCUCCAUAUCACCGAGCUCAACCCUCAGUACAUCUGGGGCGGCGAUGCUAUUACUCUGGAUGGCACCAACAACAUCUGGAUUGACCAUGUCAAGGUCAACCUAGUUGGUCGCCAGAUGUUUGUGUCUGGAUACAAGUCGAGCGGUAGCGUGACCAUCUCUAACAGCGAAUUUGACGGACGCACUAGCUGGUCUGCCUCUUGCGAUGGCCACCAUUACUGGAGCGUGCUCGGAUACGGCAAGGGCGACCAGAUCACCUUCGCCAACAACUACAUCCACCAUACUUCUGGCCGUUCUCCCAAGCUCGAGUUUAACAGCCACUGGCACGCCUACAACAACUACUGGUCCAAGAACUCCGGCCAUGCCUUCGACGUCGGCGAGAACACUAACGCUCUGAUCGAGGGUAAUGUCUUCGAAAGCGUCAAAACCCCCAUGGAAGACGACAGCAACCCGGGCUCCACGUUCGCUGCCAGCUCGAGCGACGCCUCCACCUGCACUUCUAAACUUGGCCGUGCCUGCGUCCCCAACGUCCUGACCGACUCAGGCAAGCUCUCCGCCAGUGACGAAUCCGUCCUCUCCGGCUGGCCCAGCAACGAGGGCAAUGUUACCGUUAAGCCCGCCAGCAAGGUUUCCUCGUAUGUUCUGGCACAUGCGGGUAUCGGCAAGCUGGGCAGCUCCGCCAGUGCGACGGCCACUGUCGGUGGCUCUGCCGCUGCCACAUCUGGUGCUGUCCCGUCCAGCUCUGCUGCUCCCUCCUCUUCGUCCAUCGCCAAGCGCUUCGCUCCCGCCGGUCCCUGGGGUACCCCGUUCCCUACCCCUAGCAACGUUUCCUGGGGCUGGAAGACCAUCACCGUGCCAGUUCCGAUCCCCACGGGCACCCCUUCUGGCUUCCCAGCUGGCCAGCCCUCGGCUUCUCCCUCUGGCGAGCCUCAGCCCAAGGGCAAGUUCCCCUUCUUUGGUGCCUUUGGUUUCUAA